AUGUCUGUUCAUGGUUCUGAAGCAAAUCGUGUGGUUGAAAGUGAAUUUGGUAGCGUUUCGUUGGAAGAAACACGUAUUCGAAGUAAAAGAUCGGUAGUUAAGAGGAGAAUAACUACAACUUUACGUAAAUUGGAGGGAUUUGUGGCGAAAUUUGGUAGCAAAACAAUAAUAAAAGGGGUAUGCCGGUCUUACUCCAGGUUAUACCUGUCACUGUACAUGGUCCAAAUGGAUAUUUGAACACCCAUGCAAUGCUGGACAGUGGUAGUACAUGCAGUUUGGUCUUAUCUAGUGUUGCUGAAAAGCUUGGUUUGGAAGGUUCAGAGGAACGAAUUAUAUUGAAUGGAAUUCAGGGAACUUCUGAACUGAAUUCGAGACGAGUUAAUACUCAAGUAAGUGCAGUCAAUAUGGUGACACCACGUUUUGAUGUGAACGGAGCAUUGGUUGUUGAGCACUUGAAUAUUGCCCAGCAGAAGGUGAACUUGGUGGAUGUAAAGUCUAAAUGGCCGCAUCUAAAGGAAAUAGACAUACC